AUGUCUAGUACUUCUCUUCAACUUUUGAUCAUAUAUUUCUCAUUAUUCUCACUUUCACUUUGUUUUAUCAACUCAGCAUCCACUAGUUCUCAUGUUUACAUUGUGUACUUAGGGCUCACCAAGCAUGAUCAUGAUCCUGCUCUUACUUCCUUGUCCCACAUUCAACUGCUCUCUAGUGUUUUUGAGAGUGAAGAAGAUGCUAAAAGAUCCACGGUUUAUAGCUACAAGCAUACUUUCUCAGGCUUCUCAGCAAAGAUCAAUUCUACACAAGCAAGCACCUUAGCCAGGAUGGAAGGAGUUAUAUCAGUUUUUAGGAGCAGAACAUUGAAGUUGCAUACUACAAGAAGCUGGGAUUUCUUAGGCCUAACCUUGGAAGGCGGUGAAGUGAGUCCACUGCAGCUGAUCUAUGGAGAUGACACUAUUGUUGGUGUCUUUGAUACAGGCAUAUGGCCAGAAUCUGAAAGUUUCAAGGAAGAACCAAACAUGAGACCAAUCCCAUCUAGCUGGAGGGGAAAGUGUUUUGGAGGAGAAAAUUUUGACCCCAAAACAGCAUGCAAUCGAAAACUAAUUGGUGCACGUUACUACUUAAGUGGCUUUGAACGACAAUAUGGGGCAUUAAACAUCAGUGGAAACCCAGAAUAUCGAUCAGCUUGCGAUUUUCUUGGCCAUGGAACACACACAGCUUCUACCGCAGUUGGAUCCAUAGCCAAAAGUGCAGACUUCUUUGGCUUAGGCAAAGGCAUUGCUAGGGGUGGCGCGCCAAGGGCACGAAUAGCAGUGUACAAAAUAUGUUGGGGAAAGAAUUAUGUCGCAAAGUGUACUGAAGCUGAUAUUCUAGCUGCUUUUGAUGAUGCUUUGUAUGAUGGGGUUCAUGUUAUUUCAGCCUCAAUUGGUUCACCUCCACCAUUGCCUCCAUUUUUCGGUUCAUCUUCGGAUAUCGGGUCAUUUCACGCAAUGCAACUUGGUGUUAGUGUUGUGUUCUCAGCAGGAAAUGAUGGUCCUUAUCCAUCUCAGGUGACAAAUGUUGCUCCAUGGAGUCUUUGUGUGGCUGCUUCUUCAAUUGAUCGAACAUUUCCUACCCGGAUCAUCUUAGGCAGUAACUUCUCUGCCAUGGGAGAAAGCUUCAUUAGAAAAGAAGUCAAUGGACUAUUGGCAAAUGCACCGAGAUAUUUUACUAAUGGGUACUCUCAUUUGAUGUCCAGGGUUUGCAGGCGAGAUAACUGGAAUAAGAAACUAGCUUCUGGGAAGGUUGUGCUGUGCUUCUCCACCACAGGCUCGAUAGAUGAUAGUGCAACGGCACAAGAUGCAGUCUCGAAUGCAGAUGGUUUGGGUUUGAUAUACGUGGGACCUCCAACCAUGCAAAUUGCAGAUAUCAAUGAUAUCAUCCCCACGGUACGAGUGGACGUUGAUCAAGGAACCAGAAUCCGAUACUAUCUUGCUCAAUCUCAAUACCUCCCCACAGUGCAGAUAGAAGCAGCUAAAACCCUGAUUGGAAAGUCACUGGCACCUACAGUUGCAUCAUUUUCUUCUAGAGGACCAAGCUCCAUUUCACCCGAUAUUCUUAAGCCAGACAUUACAGCUCCUGGAAUCAACAUAUUAGCAGCAUGGCCUACCAAAACUCCUCCAUCCCUGUCACAAAAUGAUAAUAGGUCCGUGUGUUGGAAUUUUCAGUCGGGGACAUCAAUGUCAUGCCCUCAUGUUUCAGGAGUAGUAGCCCUUCUAAGAUCAGCACAUCCAGACUGGUCUCCUGCAGUAAUUAGGUCUGCUCUUAUGACCACAGCUGACACUACAGAUACAACCUUUGACACUAUUCAAGCUGGCGGGUCAAUGAAAGGAUCAGAUCCCCUUGACAUUGGUGCUGGUCACAUAAACCCUUCAAAAGCUAUGCAUCCUGGUCUGGUUUACGACAUGAAAACCAGGGACUAUAUCCUCUUCCUAUGCAACAUCGGCUACUCCCAAAAACAAAUAAAGGCCUUAAUUCUUCCUUGUCCCGGGACUGACACAAGCUGCCCAAAAUUAUACAAAGCAAAUGCCAACAUAAACUAUCCAUCAAUUACAGUUUCAAACCUUCAGUCUAGUACAACAAUUAAGAGGACUGUUCGUAUUGUGAGUCGAAAGAAGACUGCAAUAUACUUUUCUAAUAUUGUCAAGCCGAAUGGAGUGGAGGUGGUGAUAUGGCCUCGGAUCUUAAUCUUCUCACAUUUCAAACAAGAAAUUUCUUACUAUGUGACUCUCACACCUGAGAAGCGAUCUCAAAACCGAUAUGAUUUCGGAGAGAUAGUUUGGACAGAUGGGUUCCAUUAUGUCAGGAGUCCACUGGUUGUGUUGGUGAACACUCAUGAUGAUUUCUCAGGCUCCACUGCUGAUCAUUAAAGUAACUAUAUCUAACCCCCUCAGUCUUUGUUGGGUUGUUAAUUGCCCUCAGUCUUAUAUUUCUGUUUGUCACAUUACUGGUUUUGUCCCAUGCUUUUGCUGGGCUUUGUUGUUUACAACAUUGAGAUACUAAAAUAAACUUGAGUAUGCUUUUAUAAGGGUUCUCUGCUACGGCCAGCAAGUAAUAAAAGUGACUUUGCUGCUAUGCAACUACGGCUUGCUAUCAAUAGAAGGCGCACUACAAAGCUCAGCAAAAAAAAAUAU